CAGCCUCAGCUCCUGCGCCCCGUGCCGCCGGCCCCAGCGCUGUCUCCCGGGCCCCCUAGGGCCCCCGGGCCCCCGAGCCCGGUGCGCGCCCUCGCGUCCCGCCGGCCCCCUCCCCCGGCUGGGCCCGGGGGAGGGUGGCGCCGUGAGCGAGCGGGGACUGGGCUCUCUUGCCCAUUCCCCUGUCCCUGGGCCGCCAGGAUGGAGGCGGGGUCCGGUCCCCCGGGUGGCCCGGGAUCUGAGAGCCCCAACCGGGCGGUGGAGUACCUGCUGGAGCUGAACAAUAUCAUCGAGAGUCAGCAGCAGCUGUUGGAGACCCAGCGGCGGCGAAUCGAAGAGCUGGAGGGCCAGUUGGACCAGCUCACCCAGGAGAACCGCGACCUGCGGGAGGAGAGCCAGCUGCACCGCGGGGAACUGCACCGGGACCCCCUUGGCGCGCGGGAUAGCCCUGGCCGCGAGAGCCAGUACCAGAACCUGCGCGAGACCCAGUUCCACCACCGCGAGCUGCGGGAGAGCCAGUUCCACCAGGCGUCCCAGGACGUGGGCUACCCGAACCGGGAUGGCGCCUACCAGAACCGGGAAGCUAUCUAUCGGGACAAGGAACGAGAAGCCUCCUAUCAGCUCCAGGACACUACCGGCUACACAGCCCGCGAGCGCGACGUGGCCCAGUGCCACCUGCACCACGAGAACCCAGCCCUGGGUCGCGAGCGUGGCGGGAGGGAGGCUGGGCCAGCGCACCCAGGCCGCGAGAAGGAAGCCGGCUAUUCCUCUGCGGUGGGCGUGGGGCAGCGGCCACCGCGGGAGCGGGGCCAGUUGAGCCGUGGCGCAUCCAGAAGCUCCAGCCCUGGCGCGGCCGGAGGUCACAGCACCAGUACCAGCACCAGCCCGGCUACAACCCUCCAGAGAAAAUCUGAUGGUGAGAAUUCCAGAACAGUCAGUGUGGAGGAUGAUGCCCCAGGCAGUGACCUGAGCACAGCGGUUGAUAGUCCUGGGAGCCAACCCCCUUACCGGCUGAGCCAGCUACCCCCCACCAGCAGCCACAUGGGAGGCCCCCCUGCUGGGGUGGGCCUUCCUUGGGCUCAGAGGGCACGCCUCCAGCCAGCCAGUGUCGCCCUGAGGAAGCAAGAGGAGGAGGAGAUAAAGCGCUCCAAGGCCUUGUCAGACAGCUAUGAACUCUCCACAGAUCUGCAGGACAAGAAGGUGGAAAUGCUGGAGAGGAAGUAUGGGGGCUCCUUCCUGAGCCGCAGGGCUGCCAGGACCAUCCAGACAGCUUUUCGCCAGUAUCGUAUGAAUAAGAACUUUGAGCGGCUGCGCAGCUCAGCUUCAGAGAGCCGCAUGUCCCGCCGCAUCAUCUUGUCCAACAUGCGGAUGCAGUUCUCUUUUGAGGAGUACGAAAAAGCACAGAACCCUGCAUACUUCGAGGGCAAGCCUGCCUCACUGGACGAGGGUGCCAUGACUGGUGCCCGGAGCCACCGGCUUGACCGGGGUCUCCCCUAUGGAGGCUCCUGUGGUGGGGGCAUCAAUGGUGGUGGAAGUUCAGUCACCACAUCUGGAGAGUUUUCUAAUGACAUCACAGAGCUCGAGGACUCCUUCUCCAAACAGGUUAAAUCUCUGGCUGAAUCCAUCGAUGAGGCCCUGAACUGCCACCCAUCAGGGCCUAUGUCUGAGGAGCAAGGGUCAACCCAGAUGGAAAAGCGGGAACCAAAGGAACAUCAAGAGGACAGCUCAGCCACCUCCUUCAGUGACCUUCCCCUCUACUUGGAUGACCCAGUUCCUCCUCCAUCACCUGAGCGACUGCCCAGCACAGAGCCCCCACCCCAGAGCCGCCCUGAGUUCUGGGCACCAGCUCCCCUCCCACCAGUUCCUCCACCGAUGCCACCAGGGACCCGGGAAGAUGGUAGCCGUGAGGAAGGCACUCGCAGGGCUCCUGGGUGCUUGGAGUGCCGGGAUUUCCGGCUCCGGGCCGCACACCUUCCCCUCCUUACCAUUGAGCCUCCCAGUGACAGUUCUGUAGACCUGAGUGACCGCUCAGAUCGCGGCUCUGUCCACCGCCAGCUGGUGUAUGAGGCUGAUGGCUGCAGCCCCCAUGGGACCCUGAAGCAUAAGGGGCCACCAGGCAGGGCCCCAAUCCCACACCGCCACUACCCUGCCCCUGAGGGUCCAGCUCCAGCCCCACCAGGGCCCCUGCCGCCAGCCCCCAAUAGUGGCACUGGGCCCAGUGGUGUGGCUGGGGGUCGGAGGUUGGGGAAGUGUGAGGCAGCAGGUGAGAACUCUGACGGUGGAGACAAUGAGAGCCUCGAGAGCUCCAGCAACUCCAAUGAGACCAUCAACUGCAGCUCUGGCUCCUCGUCCCGGGAUAGCCUGAGGGAACCUCCAGCCAGUGGCCUGUGCAAGCAGACCUACCAGAGGGAAACAAGGCACAGCUGGGACUCGCCAGCCUUCAACAAUGAUGUGGUACAGAGGCGGCAUUACAGAAUUGGCCUCAACCUCUUCAAUAAGAAGCCAGAGAAGGGUAUCCAGUAUUUGAUUGAGCGAGGUUUCCUGUCAGACACUCCUGUGGGGGUGGCUCACUUCAUCCUGGAGCGGAAAGGCCUGAGCCGGCAGAUGAUAGGGGAAUUCCUGGGGAACCGGCAGAAGCAGUUCAACAGAGAUGUGUUGGACUGUGUGGUGGACGAGAUGGACUUCUCCUCUAUGGAUCUGGAUGAUGCACUCAGGAAGUUCCAAUCCCAUAUUCGAGUUCAGGGUGAGGCCCAGAAAGUGGAGCGACUCAUUGAAGCUUUCAGCCAGCGGUACUGUGUCUGUAACCCUGCCCUUGUACGCCAGUUCCGGAACCCAGACACCAUCUUCAUCCUUGCUUUUGCCAUCAUCCUCCUCAAUACCGACAUGUACAGCUCCAGCGUCAAGGCUGAACGCAAGAUGAAACUGGAUGACUUCAUUAAGAACCUGAGAGGGGUUGACAAUGGUGAAGACAUCCCCAGAGACCUCCUGGUAGGCAUCUACCAGCGCAUCCAAGGUCGUGAACUGCGGACCAAUGAUGACCAUGUGUCCCAGGUGCAGGCUGUGGAGCGCAUGAUUGUUGGCAAGAAACCGAUCCUGUCUCUUCCUCACCGUCGACUGGUUUGCUGUUGCCAGCUCUAUGAGGUGCCAGAUCCAAACCGCCCCCAGAGACUGGGGCUGCAUCAGCGGGAGGUUUUCCUCUUCAAUGACCUCCUUGUGGUCACCAAAAUUUUCCAGAAGAAGAAGAUCUUGGUGACUUACAGCUUCCGUCAGUCCUUUCCCCUGGUGGAGAUGCACAUGCAGCUCUUCCAGAACUCAUAUUAUCAGUUUGGGAUCAAGUUACUGUCCGCGGUACCUGGAGGGGAACGAAAAGUCCUCAUCAUCUUCAAUGCUCCUAGCCUCCAAGACAGGUUGCGCUUUACCUCUGACCUGCGGGAGUCCAUUGCUGAGGUGCAAGAGAUGGAGAAGUACCAUGUGGAAUCGGAGCUGGAGAAGCAGAAAGGUAUGAUGCGACCUAAUGCCUCACAGCCUGGAGGAGCCAAGGACUCAGUGAAUGGGACUCUGGCCCGCAGUAGUCUGGAGGACACUUAUGGGGCAGGCGAUGGGCUCAAGCGGGGUGCACUCAGUAGUUCCCUGCGAGACCUCUCUGAUGCAGGGAAGCGGGGGCGGCAUAACAGCGUGGGAUCGCUGGACAGCACCAUCGAAGGGUCUGUUAUUAGCAGUCCACGCCCUCACCAGAGGAUGCCACCUCCGCCCCCACCCCCGCCGCCAGAGGAGUACAAGAGCCAGAGGCCAGUCUCGAACUCCUCAUCUUUCCUGGGCUCCCUAUUUGGAAGCAAGAGAGGCAAAGGGCCCUUCCAGAUGCCACCACCGCCAACAGGCCAGGCCUCUGCCUCGUCUUCAUCCGCUUCCUCCACCCACCACCACCAUCACCACCACCACCAUGGUCACAGCCAUGGUGGCAUGGGGGUGCUACCUGAUGGGCAGUCCAAGCUUCAGGCCCUGCAUGCCCAGUAUUGCCAAGGACCGGGCCCUGCCCCACCACCCUACCUCCCAUCCCAGCAACCCCCUCUGCCUCCACCCCCUCAGCAGCCUCCACCCCUGCCCACACUGGGCUCCAUUCCACCACCACCUGCCUCAGCCCCACCUGUGGGGCCACAUCGACACUUCCAUGCCCAUGGCCCAGUUCCAGGACCCCAGCAUUAUACCUUGGGCCGGCCAGGCAGAGCCCCAAGACGAGGGGCUGGAGGACACCCUCAGUUUGCUCCACAUGGCCGCCACCCCUUGCACCAGCCCACAUCCCCAUUACCCCUGUACAGUCCUGCUCCAUAGCACCCGCCUGCCCAUAAACAGGGCCCUAAGCACUUCAUCUUCAGUCACCACCCACAGAUGAUGCCAGCAGCAGGUGCAGCUGGGGGCCCUGGGUCCCGGCCACCAGGGGGAUCCUACUCCCACCCUCACCACCCCCAGUCACCACUGUCACCACACUCACCCAUCCCCCCUCACCCCUCCUACCCGCCCCUGCCCCCACCUUCCCCUCACACCCCACAUUCACCCCUCCCACCCACCUCCCCCCAUGGCCCACUGCACGCCUCUGGGCCCCCUGGCACGGCUAAUCCACCCAGUGCAAACCCCAAGGCCAAGCCAAGCCGGAUCAGCACUGUGGUUUGAGGAAUGGAAUGAGUGUACUGGGGAACAGAUAGUCUGGGGAAGUCCACAGGAGAGGGACCUUGCCCCUCUCUUCUUCCUCAGUUUUUUCAAAAUAUAUAUACA